AUGGCCAGGACCACGUUUCUUUGCUCGUGUAAGCCGGCCGCUCAUAUCGCGAAAACAGGACAAACCGAAUGGUCCCAAAACGGCCGAUACACGGGCAUGACAGACAUCCCCUUACUGCCCCAAGGGGAAGAGAAAGUGCGACAUACGGCAUCGAUUGUCUUCGGUGAGGGAAGGCUCAUCGACCCAAGCAAAAUCGCCAAAGUCAUCUGCAGCCCGCGGAAGCGUGCUCAACGCACCCUCGAACUGCUCCUGGAGCAAGUGCCCGACGCUGAGAUAAAACAGGCCGUCAAAAGUAAGACCGAGACGACCGAGGACAUCGGCGAGUGGGGAUACGGCGACUACGAAGGCCUGCUGACCGAGCAGAUCCGACAACUGCGCAAACAGCGAGGUCUGGAUACCGACCGGCCGUGGGAUAUCUGGAGAGACGGGUGUGAAGGGCCGGGAGGCCAAUCUCCGGCUCAGGUCACGGAGAGGCUGGACCGGCUGAUCGCCCAAAUCACCCGUCUUCAAGAAGAAGGCAUGAAGAAGCAGCAGAAAUGCGAUGUCGUGGUCGUGGCUCAUGGGCAUAUUCUGAGAGCUUUCGUCAAGCGGUGGCUGGAGUUCAGUCUGGACGCGAAGCUAGAGAUGAUGCUUGAACCAGGAGGGGUCUGCGGGCUCAGUUAUGCUCAUGGUAGCAUACAGCAGCGAGCGGUGCUUGUAGGGAUGAGCCUGUGA